AUGCCCGGAGGCUCAGCCCACAAAAUUACAGUGGUUGGCGAAGAUCGUGUCGACCUGUUUAGGUUCGAGCGCGAGGAUAAAACCUUUCUUCAAAAGAUCGAUAGUCGCCCGAGGCUUUUAUGCAGAUUCCUGAAGGAGGGAGAGAAUGCUGCAUCUUUUCAAACCAUUGGAGAUGUAUCCGCCAAUUCUCUGGCCGGAAUCUCCUCAGUGACGGAGCUGUCUGGUGGGCCUGAUGGGACAUACAAAGUCAAUCGCCAACUUCUCAUUGACACCGUUCACCCUCGACAACGUGACUCAGAUCAGCUUUCGGAUGAGACAUCUCCGAAUGGGACACCCGGUGUGUUAGUGGUUGACGACCCCAAGGAGGCCCUGCUUUCGAAGCAAGACUCGGUCCUGGAUGGGUACACUCCGUCCCUCGUCGUCUUCCAGGCGAAUUCGCUCAACAACAUGGACUCUCAGUCGAGUCUAUUCAAGAUUAUCCAGAAGUCUACGUUGAAACGAUUACUCGUCGUUAUCAACGUUGAUGAUCUACGGAACAAUGGGAAAACAAUCAGUAAACAUGAAUCCUGGGAGAAAACUGCUGCUAACACAAUGGCGGCCAAGCUAAGUGAAGCAUUCAGUUAUGCUGCCCCGAACAAAACAGACAACAUCACGGUUAUCAUUCGUUUCGGCUAUGUGGGUGCGAUGGUCUUGCAGGGCGGAUCGAACCGUCUCUACUUCUGCCCGAGGCGUGGGGAGGGCGAUUUCCUUCGAUCGCACGCCCCAUACACAUCAGCACUCGAAGCAGCAUUUCUGGCUGGUUUGAUACCUGUAGUGAAGGAUCUUGAUUCGGUUCCCGACUGGGAAAUUUGGCAGAAAGCAAUCAAACACGGCUUCUGCACGGCUCGAUAUGUCGCUGGCCUUGGGCUCUCCUUAACAGACGAACUCCUGAACUACCCGGAGUUGGAGAAAGUAUGUGUGGAUUUGGAUUGUAAGGAGAAAGUUUGUAAGAAGGGAAAGAAAGUGUGUGAAGCACAAGUUCAACUCGCAUGUUCCGAAGUCCCUCCUUCCGAUUCUCCCGAUACGUGGUCCAUAUUGGCCCGCAAUUACGCGGAUGGAAAAAUGUUUGAUCUAGCCAAAGACAUCGUCAGCAAAGGAAUUGAAGACGCACUAUCCUCUAUCCCAAGAGCGACAUUCGGCAAAUUAGUCGUAGCUGAUCGGUCGGAGAUUCAGGAGUUUCACGCAAUCACAAAUCGUGUGGAGGAAUAUCUUAAAACUCCAGAGAAGCGACCGCUCUCGAUCGGAGUCUUCGGUGCCCCAGGCUCUGGGAAAUCAUUUGGAAUCAAGCAGAUCAUGAAGAAGGCUACCCAUGGAGCAUCCGGUACAUACCCAGAACUUGAAUACAAUCUUUCGCAGUUCCUGGACUAUUCUAACCUUCUGGUCGCCUUCCAGACUGUUCGGGACAAGACCGUGUCAGGCCAAAUUCCCAUCGUCUACUUUGACGAGUUCGACACGACCCUGAAUGGAGAACUGGGCUGGCUCAAAUUCUUCCUGGCCCCAAUGCAAGAUGGAACCUUCUUCGACCAUGGCUAUAGCAGACCCAUUGGCCGGGCCAUUUUCAUUUUUAUCGGCGGUACCGCAGCCACAUUUGAUGAGUUCAAGAAUGACCAAAUUCAGCUCAUUCCUGGCGGAUUUGUUCGCAAUGACCCAAUCCCUGAAGGGUCCUCAACGACAGUUGGGGACGAGAUAAAGGCUGUAGAAGACGCCAAAGCGGCGAAGGCUGCCAGGGCAGUGAAAAAGCCGGAUUUCGUGAGCAGGUUGCACGUGCAGCUUAAUAUCCGGGGAUAUAACAAAGUCGACAACUCCGAUGAAAUAUAUAUGAUCCGACGAGCUAUCUUCCUUCAGUCAAUCUUGAAAAGUAUCGGUAAGCGCAUUACCUUGAAAAGGGGUGAGGGCAUUACUGUGUCUGACGAAGCGCUCCCGGGCCUUCUAAGAGACUGGACAUAUCACCAUGGUGCUCGCUCGCUCGAAGCCAUCAUUAAUGGUGGCACAAUAACACAAAAUAAGCUCACACCCCUAUCUUCCGGUGAACAGUGGAGUUUACAUGCGAUGUAG